UCAUUUCACAUAUAUAAAAUAUAAACACAAACACUUUUCUUCAUUUUCAUUGCUAAAACCCUAGAAAAACCAGAGUUCAAUUCAGAAGCAUCCACUUCGAAUUUCGAUAAUUUAGAAAUGGGUAAUGACGAGAACUGUGUUUCAGCCGAUGGGUCGUCGAAGAAGCGAGCAUUCGGAUCGUCUAACACGCUUAAUCAGCAGGCUGUGUCUCCUAGGAAAAGGUCUGUGUUGGGUGAGCUGAGUGCUAAUGGGGGGAAUGUGAAUUUGGGUUUUGAAGAUGUUUGUACGCCUGAGAUGAUAGUGAAGAAGACGUUGAAGAAGAUUGCGGAGAAGAAAGAUGGGCAGUUGAAGAAGGGGCACUCUCCGCUUAUUUAUCAGUGUCUUCGCUCUAUGGAGGCUGAGGAAAAAAGGCGACCCUUAUCUAAUUAUAUGGAAAAGGUUCAGACGGAUAUUACUAUAGGUAUGCGAGAAAUCCUUGUGGACUGGUUGGUGGAGGUUGCAGACGAGUACAAGCUCAUCUCAGAUACCCUUUAUCUCGCUGUGUCAUACAUUGACAGAUAUCUCUCAUCUCAUGCCCUUAGCAGAAACAAGCUCCAGCUUCUUGGUGUUUCUUGCAUGCUAAUAGCCUCGAAACAUGAAGAAAUCACUCCGCCUCGUAUUGAAGAUUUUUGCUAUAUAACUGAUAAUACCUAUGUCAAAGAGGAGGUGGUGGAAAUGGAAAAGGAUAUCCUAAAGUUUUUAAACUUCGAAGUUAGUAAUCCGACAACUAAAACUUUUAUAAGAAGUUUUUUAAGGGCUGCUAAUGAAAAUCCCACGCCAAAUCUGAAGUUUGAAAUCUUGGUUUGCUAUCUUGCGGAGCUUAGCCUAUUAAAUUAUGGUUUUCUUCGGUUUAAUCCAUCAAUGAUUGCUGCCUCAGCGAUCUUUCUUUCAAACUUUACAAUUCAACCGGAGAAGCAUCCAUGGAGUUUAGCAUUGCAGCUAUACAGUGGUUACGAAGCAUUUGAGCUGGUGGAGUGUGUACUUGCGCUUCGUUUUCUGCAAUUAUGCAAGGGGUUUUCUUCUCAAGCAGUAAGACAAAAGUACAUGCACCCUAAGUUCAAAUGUGUUGCAGAAUUAAGGCCACCCUCAGCAAUUCCUCCGUCAUACUUUCAAGGCCAUCAACCAAACAAAUGCUAAGACAAAUCCUGAAAGAUGGAGUUGUUAGAUUUGUGCAAAAAUAAGUUGGCAAUUCUUGAUAACAAACAAAAAGAUAGGGAUACUAUAUACGAGCAGUGUUUCAUGUUGGUGAAACGAAGUUUGACUUUCUUGGUGGAAAAUGAUGAUCUGUUUAGCUUUAUUUGCAGCUUGAUAUACAUUGAUAUAGAAUUGGUUAUGUUUUUUUAAAAUUUUUAAGGGACUAGGAUUUGCUUAAUCCUUUGAUAUGAGAAGGCAUGUCAACAUUUAUCAUCUAUGAUCUAUCUAUAUAAGAAAGCAUUUUGCUUUGUCCA